CGAAGGUGUUGCUAGUUGCUACAAAGGAAAUGAAGCCAUGAAAGACCAAAAUCAACAAUGGGGAAGCUCUUCAUUGCCGUCAUUCUCUUUACAUUUUUCACUGCGUGGACUGUAAAAGCUUGGACCGGCGAAAUCCAUGGCAGAGUUGUCUGCGAUGUCUGUGCCGAUGGUUCAGUUGGUCCUGAAGAUCACGUCUUAGAAGGCGCAGAAGUUGCGGUUCUUUGCAUAACGAAAUCAGGGGAAGUUUUAAAUUACCAAGCGUUCACGAAUUCAAAGGGAAUAUAUACAGUGGCUGAAACUAUGCCAGAAAGUGAACGUUGGGAUGCUUGUUUGGCAAGACCUAUUAGCAGUUUCCAUGAACAUUGCACUCAUCUUGGAGAUGGAUUUUCUGGUGUAAAGUUUGGUUAUAAUCAUGUAUCUGGCUACUCUCAUGCUGUUAGACCUUUUGUAUAUCGACACGCUAGUAUUCCAAUGUAUUGUGCUUGAAUGUAUGAAGCGUAUGAUUAUAGUAUAAUAAAAUGGCACAAGUAGUUGUACUUAA